GGCGGCGAAUGAUGCCUGGGAAACUCCUCUGGGGGGACAUUAUGGAGCUGGAGGCACCCUUGGAGGACACCGAAAACCAAAGGAAGGAGAGGCAAAAGAGCUUUAUGGAUAUCGGAAUUUCGGAUAAGGGAUUAUGGACCUGUACUUCCCUUAUAGGGUUGUUAUGAAGAUUUAAACAAGCCGAAAACACAUUACACAAUGCUGGGAGCUGUUUUGAUUUCCCUUAAAUCAUGUAAUGGGAUCAGAGAGCGGUUAGAGGCUAAGUCUUGAGAAUGCAAGAAAGGGGAUAAGAAAGAAAGCAAGAGGUGAAACUUAGGCUCUGCAUUAGCAACCAGUCUGGAUUUCUACCAGAGUGAUAGAAGGAAAUCAAGGCACCAUUAUGAUUCAGAUGAGAAAUCGGAAACAAGAGAAAAUGGUGUUGCAGAUAACUUGGAUGCUCCCAAGCCAAAAAAAGCUAAAAUGAAAGAGAAGUUAAAUGGAGACACUGAAGAAGGAUGUAAUAAUAGACUUUCAGAUGAAUUUUCUAAAUCUCAUAAGUCAAGAAGAAAAGAUCUGUCAAAUGGAGAUAUUGAUGAAUAUGAAAAAAAAUCAAAGCGAGUGUCAUCCUUAGAUAGUUCUACUCAUAAAUCAAGUGAUAAUAAACUAGAGGAGACCCUAACACGUGAACAGAAAGAAGGAGCCUUCUCCAAUUUCCCUAUUUCUGAAGAGACAAUAAAGCUUCUAAAAGGUCGAGGGGUAUCAUAUCUCUUUCCUAUUCAAGUUAAGACCUUUGGUCCUGUAUAUGAAGGAAAAGAUUUAAUUGCUCAAGCACGGACAGGAACAGGGAAGACAUUUUCUUUUGCCAUCCCCUUGAUUGAAAGACUCCAAAGAAAUCAAGAGACAAUUAAAAAAAGCCGCUCACCAAAGGUUCUUGUUUUGGCUCCUACAAGGGAACUGGCAAACCAAGUAGCCAAAGACUUCAAAGAUAUCACUAGGAAACUCAGUGUGGCAUGUUUUUAUGGUGGAACAUCCUAUCAAAGCCAAAUUAAUCAUAUUCGAAAUGGUAUUGACAUCUUGGUGGGGACUCCUGGUCGUAUCAAAGACCAUCUGCAGAGCGGCCGAUUAGAUCUUUCUAAACUGCGCCAUGUUGUGCUUGAUGAAGUGGAUCAAAUGUUAGAUUUAGGUUUUGCUGAACAAGUUGAAGAUAUUAUCCAUGAAUCCUACAAAACUGAUUCUGAAGACAAUCCUCAGACUUUACUUUUUUCUGCAACUUGCCCACAGUGGGUAUACAAAGUUGCAAAAAAAUACAUGAAAUCCAGAUACGAACAGGUUGACCUUGUUGGAAAAAUGACUCAAAAGGCUGCAACUACUGUGGAACAUUUGGCCAUCCAGUGCCAUUGGUCUCAGAGGCCAGCAGUUAUUGGAGACGUCCUUCAAGUCUACAGUGGGUCUGAAGGGCGGGCUAUUAUUUUCUGUGAGACCAAAAAGAAUGUAACUGAAAUGGCUAUGAAUCCACACAUAAAACAGAAUGCCCAGUGUUUACAUGGAGACAUUGCACAGUCACAAAGAGAAAUUACACUGAAAGGCUUCAGAGAAGGUAGUUUUAAAGUUUUGGUGGCAACCAAUGUGGCUGCUCGUGGUUUGGACAUUCCUGAGGUUGACCUAGUGAUUCAAAGUUCUCCUCCCCAGGAUGUUGAGUCCUAUAUUCAUCGUUCUGGACGCACAGGUAGAGCUGGCCGGACAGGGAUUUGCAUAUGUUUUUAUCAACCAAGAGAAAGAGGUCAACUAAGAUAUGUGGAGCAAAAAGCAGGAAUUACUUUUAAACGUGUAGGUGUUCCUUCUACAAUGGAUUUAGUUAAAUCUAAAAGCAUGGAUGCCAUCAGGUCUCUGGCUUCCGUUUCUUAUGCUGCUGUUGAUUUUUUCCGACCAUCAGCUCAGAGACUGAUAGAAGAGAAAGGGGCAGUGGAUGCAUUGGCUGCAGCAUUAGCCCACAUCUCUGGUGCAUCAAGUUUUGAACCACGAUCUUUGAUCACCUCUGAUAAGGGAUUUGUCACCAUGACUCUGGAAAGCCCAGAAGAAAUACAGGAUGUCAGCUGUGCAUGGAAAGAACUUAACAGAAAGCUGAGUAGUAAUGCUGUGUCCCAAAUUACCAGAAUGUGCCUCCUAAAAGGAAAUAUGGGUGUUUGUUUUGAUGUUCCCACAACUGAGUCAGAAAGGUUACAGGCAGAGUGGCAUGAUUCAGACUGGAUACUUUCAUUGCCAGCCAAAUUACCUGAAAUUGAAGAAUAUUAUGAUGGAAACACAUCUAACUCCAGGCAGAGGAGUGGCUGGUCAAGUGGCCGGGCGGGCCGAUCAGGCCGGUCAGGUGGUCGAUCUGGUGGCCGGUCCGGUAGACAGAGUCGACAGGGAAGUCGGUCAGGAAGUCGACAAGAUGGUAGAAGACGAAGUGGGAAUAGAAAUCGAUCAAGAAGCGGGGGCCACAAACGGAGUUUUGACUGAGUAUUUGAUAGUUAACCUACCAGUGUGAGCUUGCCUAUUUCUGCCUAAUCAUGUACAUUAUCCACCAAAAAUUAGGUCAUCGUAGUUGAGGUAUGUGUCUGCUCUUUGCAAAGAAGUUGGUCAUAUUUUUUUAAAAAGUAUUUCACAAGAAUGGUUGUAAACAAAUCUACUUAUCCAGUUAUACCUUUGAAUAAAAAAAAACGCCUUUUAUUGUCUCUUUUCA